AUGCUUCCCGAGGAGCGCAAGGAGGGCUCGCCCCGUUUCGGGAAGCUCCAUUUCCCCGUGGGGCUCUGGAUCAACUCCCCCAAAAAACGCCUGGCCAAGAUGAGCCGCCGCUGGCCCAGUGCCGGCUCUGUCCGCUCCACUUCCUCGGACACCCCCAGCCGCGCCAGUGACCCCUCGGACCCUCGCCCUGCUGCGGCCGCGCCCCCUCCCAAACCCAAACCCCCCCGGCACAAGCGCCUGUCCCACCUGUUCCACCGGGCCAGCGCCACCAGCGCCACCAGCGCCACCAGCGCUGCCCGCUGGGCCAGCGAGAAGAAGCUGGCCGAGCUCCACGACCCCUCGGGGGACAUUCUGGGGUCUGGGGGCGGCGCGACCCCCAGCCCUCAGCAGCCUCCGUGCAUCCUGAAGAUUUUCGGCGGGGCGAUCUCGCGGGGGGCCAACUACAAGAGCGUGCUGGCCACCCCGCGCUCCAGCGCUCGCCAGCUCGUGCGCGAGGCCCUGGAGCGUUACGGGCUCAAUCCCGACGAUUUCGGGCAAUUCGCCCUCUGCGAUGUCGUGGGGAGGCCCGGGGGGGGCGGCGGCACGGCCGGGGGGGGGUGGCAAGGCGAGCACCUGCGCGAGGUGGGCGACUGGGAGCGGCCGCUGGUGCUGCAGGAGCUCUGGAAGCCCAAGGCGGGGUGGUCACGGCGCUUCGAGAUUCGCCGCAGGCAGGACCUGGAAAAAGCCGGGGAGGCUGGCGACGAUGGCGACGGCGCCGGGCUGCCCCCCCAACCCCGCCGCCUCCACCGGAACCGCUCCCGGGCGGCCUCGGGGGGUCCCGCGGCUCCCGCCCGCGACUCCCGCGACCCCCGGGACCCCCCCCCGGCCAUGCGCCGCAGCAUCAGCGACAUGAACCUGAGCACGCGGCGGCGACAGCGCAAAGCCCUGAGCCUGGCGGGGGCAGGGGACACCGCCGGGACCCCCCCCGCGGGACCCCCGGGAGCCUCGGGGACCCCGCCGGACACCGGGACGCCCCCCGGGGAUGGGGGGGCCAGCCUGGAGCUGCUGUCCCAGUGCUUGAUCCAGCCCCCGCAGGACCGCCCCUAUUUCCUGCUGCUGCAGGGUUACGGCAAGGAGGAUUUCGUCCUUUACGUCAUGACCCGCCCCCAGCACAUCUUCGGCCGCCCCGACCGCCGGGGGGGCCCCGACAAACCUGGGGGGAGCCCCGAAACCCCCCCGCCGACCCCCGAAACCCCCGACGCCCCUUCCCAAAAAUCGGAUUCGGGGCCGUUCUCGGUGGUCGACACCUUCCUGAGUGCCCCCGACAUCCUCCCCCGGCACUGCCUGGUGCAGGCCGCCCCCGGGGGAGGGGGUGACCCCACCGGGGACCCCCCCUCCGCCACCGUGCGGCCUUUCCGGGGCGCCCCCGCCACCCUCAAUGGGGCCCCGCUGCUCCGCCGAGCCCCCCUAAACCCCGGCGAUCUUUUGGGGCUGGGGGAGCACGUCCUGCUGCUCUACAAAGACCCCCGGCUUGGGGAGGGGGCGGCCAGGCCGCCCUGGGUGCCUUCCCCCCGCUCCUCCCUGGGGAUUUUGGGGGUUUUGGGGUGCGCGGGGUGCGGGAGGAGUCCCCGGGAAAGGCGGGACGUGCUCAGGGGGGCUCUGGAGACCCCAAAAGCCGAGCUCCGGUACCGCCCCCAGGACGAGGGGACACUGCUCAGGGAGAUCCUAAAUCUGGAUUUGGGGGGCGAAGGUCCCGGCAGGGAUUCGGGGGAGGGGGGGUCCUCCCCGGGGAGGGACCGCGGGGAAGAUUUGGGGGACCCCGGUGAGGAUCUGGGGGCUCUGGCCCCCGCUUUCCUGCUGGGGCUGUGCCUGGAUCACGCGGCCCGAGAGUUCCCGGCGGGACAUUUCCCGGAGCUGCUGGGGAGAGUGGCCGGGAUGCUGCGGGAGACGGUCUGGGAGAAGAUCAAGGAAAUCGGGGACCGGCAGCCAGAGAGCCCCCCAGACGGGGACCCUCCCCCCACACUGGACCUGGCCGGGGUCACCUCGGACCUGCGGCCGCUGCUGCUGUGGUUGGCAAACGCCGUGGAGCUGCUGAACCUGGCCCAGGGCCACCUGCAGGCCAUGGAGCGUGAGCUGGACAUCGAAGGGCCGUGCCCGGAGCUGGAGAGGGACCUGGAGAGCUGUGACGAGGCUCUGGGCGUGCUGGACGAGGUCAUCAUGUCCACAUUCCAGCAGAGCGUCUAUUACCUGACCAAGACCCUGUACUCAGCCCUGCCGGCCCUACUGGACACCAACCCCUUCGUGGGGCCGGGGGAGCCACGGGCAGGGCCGGACCUGGGAGGGGUCCCCGAGGGGCUGCGGCCACCGCUGGCCGUGUUCAGGGCCGUGCUGGGGCUGACCCGGGACUGCCACCUGCACCCCGACCUGGUGUCCCAAACCUUCGGAUACCUGUUCUUCUUCUCCAACGCCUCGCUCUUCAACACGCUCAUGGAGAAAGGCAGCGCGGGGCCGUUUUUCCAGUGGUGGGUUGGGGUCCGGGUCAGAACCAACCUGGACCUGGUUCUGGACGGGCUGGGGGCGCUUGGGCUCGGUGACAUCGCCGGAGAUUUCUUCCGAAAACUCUCGGCCACCGCCAACCUGCUGUGCACCCCCCGCGGCUGCCUGGAGCAGGCCACCUGGGCGCGGCUGCGCGCGGAGUUCCCGGCGCUGUCACCUGCGCAGCUGCACCACGUGCUGCGCCAUUACCGCCUGGGGCGGGGCCGCGCCGCGCCCCCCACCUGGAGCCCCGCGCCCGAGGACAGCGCCGAGGCGGCCACGGGUGACAUUUUCGAGAGUUUCUCCGAGCACCCGCCCCUCCUGCUGCCCACCCGCGGCUUCCGCCUGCGCCUGGGGGUCCCGGUGGAGGCGGGGGGGCUCCUGCGCCCCCUCCUCAAAAUCCGCCGCCGCCUCUGGGAGCUCGAGGGGGGGGGCGCGGACCCCUGA